AUGGCCGUCGUAUCGCUGUUAUCCGCAAAUGUGGCGACAUUGUGCAUAGAGAGUCUUCUCUACGGGGUCUUUCUAGUCCUGUCAGUAGCGUCAAUGUACAUGCUGGUGCAGCGAAGUAGAGCUUCUACGAACGUGCCAUGGCAUGCCAAAUCGACGUUGUUCAUCACCCCGAUGUCGGUGGCGGCUGUACUUCUUUUCAUGACCAACACUGCCCAUUGGAUCAUUGGUGUCUACCGGGCAUUCCGUGCAUUCAUUUAUUUUGAAGGCGGCCAACAGCCUUUCGCAUAUUUCAAUGACAUGCGACAACCAACUGAGGUCUCACAAACUGCAUUGCUCAUGGUAUCCCUUAUAAUAGGCGACUCGGUACUAGUAUACCGCUUGUGGAUAAUUUGGGCAUUCAACAACAGAUCAAUUGUAAUAUUCCCAGCUUGUACACUGUUGGGACUUACCACUUGCGCGAUUGGGGUCAUCUAUCAGCUAGCACGACCAAAUGCAAAGAAUGAUAUAUUCGAUUCAGCAACCGGACGUUGGAUCACCUCAAAUUGCGUGUUCACUCUGUGCACAAAUGUCUACAGCACCGCGUUCAUUGGCUGGCGAAUAUUGCGCACAAAUAGGGAGGCUCAGCGGAUCGGGGGAUCGAAUCUCAUGGGGAUCCUCGGCAUUCUGGUGGAGAGCGCUGCCCUCUAUACAGCGUGGACCAUUUUCUUCUUCGUGACGUACCACGUCCAGUCCAACCUGCAAUACACCUGCAGCGACACAUACUGUGCAAUAGCUGGCAUCACUUUCAUGCUCAUUAACGUCCGCGUAGGCAUGGGUUCCGCGACUCGAACCACGCAACCGGGCUCAGCGAUCGCGGUCGAGGCGGGGAGAGAGGGGGGGGGACAGGCUUUCCGCAUGGAACACCUGUCGGUGAACAUCACCCGCGUCGUCCAGCGCGACGACGGGAACGAGCUGCCGAUGAAGUUCGCCUCCCGCAGUAGUGUCGAGCUUGACUUCGAGCUGCCAUAG